AUUUACAGCAGGGUGCAUCGCCCGUUCCGAAAUUCGUUCCGCCCUGUUGCCCCGCCAGGCACCCUGCCCGUUUUACAACCAUUCAUUUCUUUUUUUUAGCCAAACUUCCCUUUUUUGCCUCUGUGAUUAUAAUACACUGCUUUAUUGCCCCCUUUUUAUCGAGUGAUUCACGCCGGGGGGCAUUGACAUAAUUAGCAAACAGUUAAACAAUAUUACCUGCUGUAAUUGUGCCCGAGGCAGACCAUGAUAUUUAAGACUGCUCCACUAGCAUUAAAAUCAUUGAACCUUAGUGUUAAAACAGUUUGCAAACCAGUCUGAAAUCAUUAUCAUUUCGCGCCACCUGUCAAAGUGUACUUUCGUUUUCGGUAAUAUAGUCGUAAAUACCCCUUUAUACACAACUGAAACUUAAGUGCAGACAACAGACAUUUAUAUGUAAUUAAUAAAAAUCGAUCACAAUCAAAUUUAAAUAGGAAAAUAUUUUGAUUUUAUCGUUUUACAAGUUUUUGAAAUCGAAAGUAAGUUGUCGUCUGCUUUGUGAAAUUGCCGUUUUUUCAUGAAGAUUUCUUUGAAAUUAGUUUACUAAGAUGUAAUGACAGGGUACACUUUAAUGUCAGAUACUGUGAAAUGCUGUUAAACUGUCUUUGCAUCAUAUAUUUUUUUCAAAAAUAUUGUUUAAACUGGACAUGCGACGACUUUUAGAAAAAAGUGUAACCAUAUCCGGAUAUAAAAUUUUGGAUACCCGGAAUAUGUCUAUUACAAGUGCUAAACUUGCUUUUAGACUGUUGGAGACAGAUGACAGUAAAAUGCUGGCUACUCCAGGUCCAUGUAACAUUGAUGUUGUGGAUGUUAGCAUACACUCCUUCUCACAACAACUUUUUGAGGAUAACUAUGCCUAUGAAAAACCUGUUAUAAUAAAAGGCUCGACAGAUAAUACUAAAUUUCGGAAGCUAUGUGAAAAGUCUGCAUUAUUGGAUAGAUACGGAGAUAAAAUUGUUCGCCUAAGUUCAGCAAAUACACACUCCUAUAGCAAGAGAGAUGUUAAAUUGAAGAAAUAUGUCAAUGAAAUAAUGAAGCCACAGACUUUGGAUACCUUAGGAAAUGAGACAUUUUACUGGUUUGGAGACAAUGAUCAUGAAGAGUUUGCAGAAUUAUUUGAUGAAUACAAGGCUCCCCCAUACAGGUUACCAAACAUGUAUGGUGUAUACAGCUUCGGUCUAGCAGCUGCUGGCACUGGUGUUCCAUUUCAUUUCCAUGGACCGGGAUUUGGAGAAGUUGUUUUUGGCAGAAAGCGUUGGUUCAUGUACCCACCAGACAAACAGCCAGCUUUUAACCCAAAUAAAACAACGCUACAUUGGUUACUGGAGGAAUAUGAUAAUCUUCAUCCUGAUGAUAAACCUCUAGAAUGCACAAUAAGUGAGGGAGAGAUAAUAUAUUUUCCAGACAGAUGGUGGCAUGGUACAUUGAAUAUUGACACCAGUGUUUUUAUUUCAACAUUCCUUGGAUGAAUAGUCAUAUGAUUUUAAGAAUUAUUUACUAGUAUACAUAUUUUUAUUAUUUAUACAUAAUAUGUUACGGAAAUCUGUUUUGAUACUGUUAUGUUUUUAGCUCACCUGAGCAAUGCUCAGGUGAGUUUUUCGCAUCGCUUGAUGUCCAGCGUCUGUCUGUCGUCUGUCGUCUGUCUGUCCGUCAACAUUUAGCUUGUGUAUGUGAUAGAGGCUGUAUUUUUCAACUGAUCUUCAUGAAAUUUGGUCAGAAUGAUUACCUUGAUGAAAUCUAGGCCGAGUUUGAAAAUGGGUCAUCUGGGGUCAAAAACAAGGUCACUAGGUCAAAUCAAAGAAAAACCUUGUAUAUGCGAUAGAGGCUGUAUUUUUCAAUUGAUCUUCAUGAAUUUUGGUCAGAAUGAUUACCUUGAUGAAAUCUAGGCCGAGUUUGAAAAUGGGUCAUCUGGGUUCAAAAACUAGGUCACUAGGUCAAUUCAAAGAAAAACCUUGUGUAUGCGAUAGAGGCUAUAUUUUUCAAUUGAUCUUCAUGAAAUUCAGUCAGAAUGAUUGCCUUGAUAAAAUCUUGGUCAAGUUUGAAUAUGGGUCAUCUUGGGUGAAAAAUUAGGUCACUAGGUCAAAUCAAAGAAAAACCUUGUGUAUGCGAUAGAGGCUGUAUUUUUCAAUUGAUCUUUAUGAAAUUUGGUCAGAAUUAUUGCCUUGAUAAAAUCUAGGUUGAGUUUGGUUAUUGGUCAUCUGUGGUCAAAAACUAGGUCACUAGGUCAAAUCAAAGAAAAACCUUGUGUAUGCAAUAGAGGCUGUAUUUUUCAAUUGAUCUUCAUGAAAUUUGGUCAGAAUGAUUGCCUUGAUAAAAUCUAGGUCAAAUUAAUAUGGGUCGUCUGGGGUUAAAAACUAGGUCACUAGGUCAAAUAAAAAAAAAUACUUGUGUUUGCUCCAAUUUUAAUGAUACUUAGUCAGAAUAUUUUUUUCCAUGCAAUCACUAGGUCUAUGUUUACACUGUUAUGGUGUAUUAUGGUGUGUUUCUCAGGUGAGCGACCUAGGGCCAUCUUGGCCCUCUUGUAUAUGUAAGAACUGACUAUUGCUGUAUUGUUCAUAGAUAUAUUUGUAAGUCUUGUUUUUGAGGAAUAGGCCAAUGUUUUCUUGUAAUAUAAGGUUAUCAGCUAAACAUGUAAAUUUUUUAUUUUUAAUUUUGUAUUUACAUCUCAUUGGUCUUUAGCCUCUAUCAUGUUUGUAUAGGUGGUUCCACUUGACUGAAUUUAGGUACUGCCAGAGGUAAAACUAGAAAAACCUUCAGAUAACUUAAGAAAAUCUUAUGAUCCACUCAAUGGACAAUCACCAAACUUUGUUUCUUUGUUGGUAGCAUCUUUGUUUGGUUCCCACUGAUGAACAUUUUUCAGUUGGUUCAGCUAACUACCUCCUAAGGGUAGCAAGACCUAAAAAUAGAAAGAAACUUUAAUUGACUUCUUUGAACCAGUUGACAGAUCUUCACCGAACAUGGAGCAUAUACAUCUCUGUAUGGUCCUUUUAGGGGUUGCCAGAGCGAAAAGUAUGGGAACAAUCUUUUGAAUGACUUUUUUAUGAGUCAUUUGAUGGAUUUUCAUCAAACAAGCUUUUGCCGCUUUUUAAGGUCCUUCCUGAAGUUUUUAGCUCACCCUGUCACGGUGAGCUUUGUGAUCACAUUUUGUCCGUCGUCCGUUCACAAUUUCUUGUGAACACAAUAGAGACCACAUUUUGUAAUCAGUUUUAAUCAAACUUGCACACAACUUGUAUUAGCAUAAUAUCUCGAUUCCUUUCUAAAACUGGCCAGAUCCCAUCAUGGGUUCCAGAGUUAUGGCCCCUUCAAGGGCCAAACUUUGCUAUUUUUGGCUUGUGAACAUGAUAGAGACCACAUUUUGCAAUCAACUUUAAUCAAACUUGCACACAACUUGUAUUGGCAUAAUAUCUUGGUUCCUUUCAAAAACUGGCCAGAUCCCGUCAUGGAUUCGAGAGUUAAAGCCUCUUAAAGGGCCAAAAUUUGCUAUUUUUGGCUUGUGAACACAAUAGAGACCACAUUCUGAAAUCAGCUUUGAUCAAACUUGCACACUACUUGUUUUGGAAUAAUAUCUCAGUUUCUUUCGAAAACUGGCCAGAUCCCAUCAUGGGUUCCAGAGUUAUGGCACCUUAAAGGGCCUAAAUUUGCUAUUUUGGCUUUUGCAGCCAUAUAGAGACUUCAUUUAUGGUUUGAUUUGAUACAAACUUGCAAAAUAUCUUCAACAACGAUAAAUCUUGGAUUCCAUGAUGAAUCUAUCAGAUCCAAUCCUAGGUUCUGGAGUUACGGCCCCUGAUUGAACCAUGAAAGAGCCAAAAUUUGUUAAUUUUUACCUUGUGAACACGAAAGAAGUGACAUUUUAUAUUUGAUUUUAACUACACUUACACACAACUUUAGUCACAAUAAGAUCUCAGUUUCUUUCAAAAACCGGCUAGAUUCCUUCAUGGGUUCUAAAGUUACUGCCCCUGAAAUGGGCAAAAUUUUCUAUUUGGCCCUUUUAGCCAUCUAGAGGUUUCAUUUAUGCUUUGAUUUGAUACAAACUUGCAUAGAAUGAUUAUCUUGAUGAUUUAUAGGCCUGGAUCGAAACUGGGUCAUAUCGGGUCAAAAACUAGGUCAUCCGGUCAAAUCAAAGGAAAAGCUUGUUAACAACCUAGAGGCCACAUUUAUGACCCUAUCUUCAUGAAACUUGGUCAGAAUGUUUAUCUUGAUGAUUCCUAGGCUAAGUUGGAAACCGGGUCAUAUGGGGUCAGAAACUAGGUCACCCGGUCAAAUCAAAGGAAAAGCUUGUUAACACUUUUGUUUAUUUGAUGUGCAUGAAACUUGGUCAGAAUGUUUCUGUGCAUGAAAUAUUGCAUGAAUUUUUAUCUGGGUCAUGUAGGGUCAAAAACAAGGUCACCAGGUCAAAUCAAAGAAUAAGCUUGUUUACACUCCAGAGGCCAUGUCUUAAUGAAAAUUGGUCAGAAUAUUAGUCUCCAUGAAAUCACUAGGUAAAACAUGUUUACACUGUUAUUGUAUGUUACUCCGGUGAGCGACUUAAGGCCAUCUUGGCCCUCUUGUUUCAGAUGGUUUCACUUUGUUCUUUUCAGGAGCCACCAGAUAGCUUGUGUAUAUAUGGAUUUAAUUUAAAUCAUGAAGUUUAUUAGCUCGACUAUUCAAGAAUAGUCCAAGCUUUUCUACUUACCUGGGCAUCGGCGUAGGUGUCUGCGUCACACCUUGGUUAAGUUUUUGCAUGCAAGUAGAGAUAGCUAUCAUUUAAAAGCAUAUAGUUUUAAAACAUUUUUUUUGUCAUACGUCAUGUGUGAAUUCUGCUAAUGGUAUAAAAAAGGAGUUUGUCUGAAAAAGUAUCAUGAAUCGCUCAACUCGCUUUACUGUGUAAGAGGAAGAUGAUACAUGCAAAUAAGGAAACACUUUAUAUCAUUCCUCUUUUAUAUGAGCCGUGCCAUGGGAAAACCAACAUAGUGGGUUUGCGACCAGCAUGGAUCCAGACCAGCCUGCACAUCUACAGCAUGGAUCCUGACCAGACUGCGCAGAUGCGCAGGCUGGUCAGGAUCCAUGCUGGUCGCAAACCCACUAUGUUGGUUUUCUCAUGGCGCGGCUCAUAUAAUUUCUGUAAAUUCAUUGAAUA